GUUCCUACCAGCUUAACAGACGCAGUCGACGCACGGACAUGUCGGGCAGGCUGGGGGACGACUUGCAAUCGGCGUGCGGGGGCGGAGUCUAUGGGGAUCAUGACACCGUGCCCGUCUCCGAAAUAUCCCAACUUCUGACGCCAUCCCCAUCUUUAUGCUCCGGCACUGCGUCGCCAGAGCCUUCAGACGUCCCUCCCUUGGACCAGGAUCAAAAACCUGCAGCUCCCAAGAAGAAAAAGAAAAAACGAGCAAAGAAGAGAGCCAGGGAUACCGCUUCAAAGCCGAACGUCACAAUAGAGGAGGUGGAAGACGAAGAUGACGUCCGUCCGCCCUUGUGUAUCAGCAGGAACAAGCACUGGAAAUAUAUCAGUUCUUACCACGGACCAUGGCUGCAACUUCCUGUCGAGCUCCUCGAGUCUCUGUUUGUCUUGAACAUGGAUCCCGGGGCGCUCAGUGCUUCUGAUACGCGCACCAUCUCCCCUGGAUCCGCAAGUACUGCCCUGUAUUCAACGGCUCGUCCCCGUGACCGCGGAUUCGCUGGGCUUAGCGAUAAUUCAUGUCCCCAGACUCCACAUACAAAUUCGUUCGGGCCACCUCUUCCACCCCCACCAGUCAUUACCCCACCGCCAGGGAAAGCAUUGCCUCCACCUAUCGAUCCAGGUGUAUUCCGCUCUGUUGCAAGCAUCCGGCGGCUCAUCGACGAGGCAUCUGAGCUUUCUGUCCGGGCCAGUUCUGGCAUGUCGGCCGCUACUUUGAACUCGUUACGCGGUGCGACCGGUGUUGGAAACUCGGCAUGGGGGACCGCCCUGUCCCUGGGUCUGAAUCCGUUGGGUGACCAUCCCUCAGGGAGGAGCGUCACUAUGUCCGCCAAUCGUAUCCAUCGCCUACGAGUAUUGGCGGUUCAAAAACUAGCGGCUGCGUACAAAGCGGACGAAAUCGCCUCCAGUGUCAUGGUCAUGCAGGGUGGAACCGUAUUCGACGACCUUGCGGAACGAGUGUUGAGAGUCGAGCCAAAUGACAUAGAUGCCCGUUAUGUGCACUUCUUCCAUGAAAAAAUACCAUCUCGGCAAUUAGCUGAAUCGACUCCCACCCGAGUCCUUGACGACUUAAUCUCCGCACAACCUCACCGUCUCGAAUUCUACAGGACACGCGGAAUGGUUCAUUGUUUUCGCGACGAAUAUGUGCAGGCAGCCAAAGACUUCACGUUCGCCCUGAAGGAGUCUCGCACCAUUCGCAGAGCAAGGCUUCAUUGCGAAAGCUUGUCACGGCCGGGAUCGCGUGACAAGAACAAGAAGAAAGGCAAGAAGACGCGAUCUGGUGGCGAGCAGACGCCUGCGGAAGGCACUCGGUUUCCUGAUCACGACCGGCUCAUGAUACCAGGACCAGAUGGCGAGCCAGUACCUAUCCAUCCUUCCGUCUUACCGGAUGCGCCCGACCCCAUCGAAACCCAGUGUUUGUUUCUCCGCGCCUCUUCCUACCUUCAGCACGCAGUUUACCUCAUUGAAGAAGCCAUCCUUAAACUGGAAGGGGUUCGCAGGGGUUGCACUGUAGAUGGUGCGGAGAUGCGGCUAUGCUAUAUCGAGAACGGGAAGUAUGGCGGUGUCGAGAUCGGCAACCCGGAUGGCCCACUGGGCAAUCGGACCGGAGCGAAGCUACGGGCGUACAGACAUGUCCUCGCCGUGGAUCCGUUCAGGGAGCAAGUCAUGUCCCUGCUCCGCAAGAGCGUACGCGACCUCGAACGAUUCAUGUCACAUUUCGAUACCGUGGAUGCAACUUCUCCAGGCUUUGACGGUGACGCCGCGCAACGCAUCGCACAUGCUUUCAUUCUUUCGGAGUCGAUACGACCUGGCUCAAACCAACCCGCGGGAUCACUGCCUGAGAUGCCUGCGAGCUUUACCACUUACCAUCCUCUGCUCGUGGAGGCUCGUUUCACCUUGCUCAUUUGUCACCUCAUGCUCGGCGAUUUCGCCGGGGUGUUGCCGGCCUUCGAACGCACCGCCGCCGUCGUAGAUGGGCUGGAAGGUUACCCUGUAUUCUUGCCGCCGCGGUCGAUGGGCCAAGCUGAGUUCAUCGAGGUUCUGGAGCGUCUUGCAGCCGGUUGGAGAACUGGCAUACAACCCCAUUCCCUCUCGGCUACGUAUGGCAAGAUAACUACUCGCAAAUUAGCUAUCAUGGCCGCACCCCCCUCUCCUCCGCUUUCGCCCGCGGAUGAGAAAGAGUGCGACCCAGAAGCGCCGUCUACAUCUGCGUCGAGAUUAAAGCAUCCGGCAAUAUCGCGGGCAUCGUCACCGGCUUUGACCAGAGGGGCCACCGAGCUGAUACAGGAAUUGGAUUGCCUUCGCAUUCUGCUUGCCCCUGUCGCUCGCCGGCAACGUGAGAGGGCUGCAACGCAGCGCACGGAGAAGGCGAGCGAUAAAAACAGGAAAAAGCCACUCCCCAUCAACCUUCCCUUGCACGGACCACGAGUGGAGGUGAUAUUGGCGUGGAUGGCCGCGGUGCAUCUGGUUGAACUUGACGAAGUUGCUUGAACUCGAUUAUCUUAUUGAAUUAUUCAACUAAAUUGUACAUGGCUUGUCCGAGUCCGUACUGAUGCGACGCUUGAUUGAGAUGC